AUGUCCGCACAAGCAGACUCGCGCCAAGCUGCCAGCACGCUCUCGGAUCCGCCCGAGCAGGGAACGCUCGCCUACGCUUAUCGUCGAUCCGUCGUUGCACUUCAAAGCGUAUUCGGCGGCAACACCGACUCGCAGUACGCCGAACGAGAGCCGUUGCUCAACGGUCAAGACCAACAGGACAACAACGGUGCCGCCUCUGCUUCCAAUGGCGGCUACGGCGCCGUCGCCUCGUCAUCACGCACCGAUUCGUCGUCGCGCGCUCGCAUCCGCAAACCCAAAAAGGUCGUCUCGCAGAGCAAGGUGGAAGCAAAGGUCUGGUUCGCCAACGAGCGUACCUGGAUCUCCUGGUUGCGUGUCUCGAUCCUCAUUGGUUCAUUUGCGCUUGCGCUCUUCAACUCGGACACCUUCUUCAAGAACCACAACGAUCAUCACCCCGGUCACAAGUCCGACUACCUCAGCUCGGGCUCCAUCAAGGCGUUCGGUGCCGUCUACGCCGGUAUCGCCGUGCUCACACUUCUUUGGGGUCUGUACAGCUACCAACGAAGAGUGACUCUCAUCAAGACAAAAUAUCCGGGCAACUUUGACGACCUCAUCGGCCCUCCUCUCAUCUGUGCUGCUCUCUUCAUCGCCGUGCUGCUCAACUUUAUCAUUCGAGUCAAGCAGCACGACUACGAGUCGCACCAUUGA